GCAUGUGGCUUGUUUGGCGCAUUGGGUAGUGCGAGCUUUGACCUGCAGAUGGAAGUAUCAGUAUAGGUUGCCGGAUAUUAUUCUCGUUCUUUUAAAUGACCUAGGGGAAAUUUUCUAAAACCCGUACAAAUACAGUAUUAACUCAAUAUUCUCAUGUCGCUAUUUGUUGAAUUAUCAAUUUCAAAAAGACAUUACUUUUUAUUUAUAAUCAUGUUUUCGUAUCUGUCAUCUGUGACCCACCUCCCCCUUGCUUUUCAUAACAUGGCUGCCGUAUUGUUGUAAACAUAGUUUGUGGAUUGCUUAAAUGGCAUUUAUAUAAUAAGACUAUCCGUAAUGUGUUUCGGUUUUGGUGUUUUGUGAUUUUGCUAUCGGAAAGCCUUUUCAGACCGCAUGGUUUUCAAUUCAAAUGUCAGCUGUUACACAUCCUGUGUCAGGUGCUGAUCCCACAAAGGGCAUCCCAAAACGGAGGGCUGUUAGCAUAGGGUCAGAUGAAGACGACCCGAGUGGUAGCAAGUAUCCAAGAAUGGAAGACGAUAGUAUUCAGGACAAAGAACGUUUUGCAAGGGAGAAUCAUUGCGAAAUCGAACGGCGGAGACGGAAUAAGAUGACGGCGUAUAUUACAGAGUUGUCGGAUAUGGUACCAACAUGCAGCGCGUUGGCCAGAAAACCGGACAAGUUGACCAUUUUGCGAAUGGCCGUAGCCCACAUGAAAAAUCUCAGAGAGGAGGAAUUAUCCUGCGGGAAGAUACCCACGGAUGAAACAGUCAGUGUUGGAAAAUCCUACCUGCGCGCAAACGGCACCGGGAACACCAGCGCCGACGGAACAUAUAAACCGUCAUUUCUCACCGACCAAGAACUCAAACACCUGAUACUGGAAGCAGCGGAUGGAUUCUUAUUCGUUGUCAGCUGCGAUACGGGUCGAGUUAUAUACGUUUCGGAUUCCGUGGCACCAGUUCUAAACUAUUCUCAGACCGAUUGGUACGGCUCGUGUAUCUACGACAAUAUUCACCCGGAAGACGUCGAAAAGGUUAGGGAACAAUUGUCGACGCAGGAACCGCAAAAUACGGGUCGAAUACUGGAUUUGAAGAGCGGCACGGUCAAAAAAGAGGGACAUCAAUCGUCGAUGAGGUUGUGCAUGGGGACGCGGCGAGGUUUUAUAUGUCGCAUGAAAAUAGGAAAUAUGUCGCCCGAAAGCAUGGCCGUGGGGCAUUUAAAUCGCCUUAAACAAAGAAAUAGCUUAGGACCAGGACGCGAUGGUCAAAACUAUGCCGUCGUUCAUUGUACCGGUUAUAUUAAAAACUGGCCCCCGACAGAUAUGUUCGCAGGGGUUCAAAUAGACAGACAAACGGAAGACGAUAUGCACGCGUCCCAUUGUAGUUUGGUGGCCAUAGGGCGACUGCAAGUGACAUCGACGCCAAAUACGAGCGACAUGUCCGGCUCGACCAGCAACGCCGAAUUCAUAUCGAGGCAUUCGACGGAGGGUGGCAAAUUUACCUUCGUCGACCAGAGGGUGAUGGGAUUACUCGGUUAUUCGCCGCCCGAACUGUUGGGCAAAAGCUGUUUCGAUUUCUUCCAUCCCGAAGAUCAGACACAUAUGAAGGACAGUUUCGAACAAGUUUUGAAGCUCAAGGGACAAGUGUUGUCGGUGAUGUAUCGAUUCAGGGCCAAAAACCGAGAGUGGGUGUGGCUGCGAACGAGCGCGUUUUCCUUUUUAAAUCCUUAUACAGACGACGUCGAAUACAUAGUCUGCACCAACACGACGGCGAAAUCGUUGCAUUCGAGUGGCGAGAGCGGCACCGAAACGACGAGCGAACAAGUCGGCUACCAACAGCCGGGACUGGAUUACAGGCGCGACGCCGGUCUCUACACCCACAUGUUACCGUCACAGCACAUACAAAACGAGUACCUUCCCAUGUCGACCGAUCGGACAGAAGAUGGACGAUUCCCGCGUUUACUAGCGGAUCCCCAACAAGCGGCCGCUCAACGUCCCGCUAGCGGCCAAAACGUUUACACCAACUACGAAACGACGCAAUCCCCGAUCGGCUACGGCUCGCCAUCGCAAACCCCAGCUACUACGGGAAACGCGGGCGUUUUGGCACGUCUCAACAAAGGUGGUGGAAGUACGACUAGUCCGACACCGGCGGCCGCGCCGUGGAGUCUAAGACAGGCUCAACCGGCGCCCGACGGAUAUCAGUACAAUCAGCCGAGCCCGAGAUCGCCGGGACCCACUUACACUCAGCUAAGCGGAGGUUCGCGAUCCGCAUCGGGCGGACCUCCCCCGACGGCAUCCUACCAAUGGACCAGUUGGCAAGGAGCGGCUCAAACGUCUGAGGCCGGACCAGGAUCGAGCGGUUCGGGACCUCCCACUCAGCCGCAACACGAGUUAUCGGACAUGUUACAAAUGUUGGAUGGAGGCGGGGCCGCCACGUUCGGGGAUUUGAACAUGUUCGAUCCCACUUUUGAAUAACUUAUAAAUAAACCUAUAUAUAUAUAUAUAUAUAUAUUUUUGUAUAAAACCCAGUGUAAUAUAAACACGAUUCGCUUGCGAGGACACGUAUGGUGUUAGUUUAUUUAAGUGUUUGCCGAGACUCGCACGGAUAAGUUUGAAACGGGACAUUUUUUUCCAAAAGUGACUGUAAGUGUUGUGGCGUCCAGAAUGUAUAAUAUCUUAUACUCACAUUAAUUGUCAAGUAGUAACUAUAUCCAUUUAUUUAUAAGAAAUUGUUAAGAUGUAUAAAAUUGUAAGGCGCGGUUUCGUUCCAAGUUUUGAACGUGUUCGAAAUGUUUUUGUACAUGAACGCCUCGGGAUUUGCAAUGCGAUGCAAAUACUCAUUAAUAUAUCUUGUAAGAUAACAGUAAUGUUCUUCUCCCUUUUUUUUAUGAAUCACCUUGGUUUCCACAAGUUGUACGCGAUCGAUAUUUUUGUAAUUUCCUCGAUUUUUCGUUUCGUUGGGCAAUUAUAAGUUUUUGAACAUCAAAACUACAACUUAAAGUCAAUAAA